GUUGCCCGGUUGACACAGUCCUUAGUGAUGGCUGAAGCAGUGGAAGAAAUCAACAACUCGUCCAUGCUGGGUAACCUCACUCUAGGCUAUGUGAUUGUGGAUUCCUGCUCUGAUGUCACCCAUGCUGUUCAGUUGUCGGAGACCUAUCUGUGCGGGCGCUGCCGUACCUAUGAGUGUGGGAACGACAGUACCAACACGCUGAUCCAUAACAGUGGUGUCAAGGCUGUUGUGGGAGCUUACCACUCAGAAAUCUCUGUCGCUGUCGCUCGACAGCUGACGACUGAGUAUAUACCACAGAUCAGCUAUGGCUCGACUGCAGGUAUCCUGAGUGAUAAAACACGUUUCCCAACAUUCCUAAGAACUGUUCCAGAGGACAACCACCAGGCCCAGGCCAUUGUUCAGAUUUUGGUGAGGUAUGGAUGGACAUGGGUUGGCCUCGUGACCACGGAUGGCGACUAUGGACGGUAUGCUGCAGAUCGGUUUGAGUGGCACGCCAGGGAACAUGGCAUCUGCACAGCUUUCCGCGUUGUCCUGCCAGAUGUUCUUCAAGACAAAAGACUGAGUAAGAAGAUAAAUGAGACUGUUGAAAAGAUUGCUGACAACCCAAAUGCCAAGGUCAUCGUGUCCUUUGCCAAACCCGACCACAUGAUGUACAUCAUGGGCAACCUGAGCGGCCAGGGACUGGACCGUGUCUGGGUUGCCAGUGACAACUGGGCCACAUCCAGCCGCGUCCUGAGGAACUGCAGUCUGAGGGAGGUCGGCACUAUUAUAGGGGUCACUCUGAAGUCAAGCUCUGAGAGCACUUCACAGUUCAAAAGAUUUCUGCAGAAGUUGGACUUGAGACCUAAUAUUCCACGAAACAACUCCAUUCUCCAGCAUUUCCUGAGAAAGGAAAUGACACAGCACAAGAACAUGACAGCAAGAGAAAUUCUGAUGUCAAACACUUAUGGUUAUUCUGUUUUCAGCAUUAAGCUGGCAGUAAAAGCCAUUGCCAGUGCUGUGUCUAACAUUUGUGCCAAAAAGAUCUGCAGAGGUGGUGAUGAUAUCCAGCCUUGGGAGCUGAGCCGUGCUCUGAGGGAAACCAGUUUCUCUAUGGAUGGUGAGAGCUGGAAAUUCAACCAAGAUGGCGACAUGGACACUGGAUAUGACAUUGUCCUCUGGGAGGAGGGAAAUAAGACUCAGCGUAUUCUAAUGGGCCUGGUUGGUAACUACUCGAUCCAGAACAAGCCGGGUCUCAGUCUCUACUCUGACAAACGACUCAGUGUCUUGAAAUCCAUAGUGUCUAAGUGUAACGGCGACUGUGUUGCUGGCCAUAAGAAAGUUGUUUUAGACAAGAGGACGCCAUGCUGUUUCACAUGUGAAAACUGCACAGUGAACACCUUUAGCAAUAUCACCAAUGCAGACACCUGCCUGAGCUGUCCAGAACAUGAGUAUUCCCAUGUGGGAAGUCCCAACUGCACUAAAAAAACAGUGGAAUUCUUAGGGUGGCGGGAUCAAUAUGCUAUUAUCCUGCUGUUUUUCGCUGCUCUGGGAGUUCUCUUGACUCUGCUGGUACUGGUGAUGUUUGUGGUUUGGUGGAACACCCCUGUGGUUCGGGCAGCUUGUGGUCCAAUCUCUGUCCUCCUCCUCAUCUCCCUGGUGGGUACGUUUACCAGCACGGUACUUUUUGCGGGGAAACCUAAUGACAUCCAGUGCCAGACCAGGGAGGUGUUGUUUGCCCUCAGCUUCACUCUCUGUGUCUCCUGCAUCCUGGUUAAGUCCCUCACGAUCCUGCUGGCAUUUGAGUUUAACCCAGCAGUGAAGCAGGUCUUAGGAUGUCUCUUCAAACCCUACAUUAUCCUUGCUGUUCUUGUAAUGCUACAGGGACUUAUCUGUGCCUUAUGGCUUACCUUCUGUAAACCUACAGCUAGAAUUUAUUAUGAAUACAGACCUGACCAGUCUUUGUAUGAAUGCAAUGUGCAGUGUGACAACAUAUAUUUUGGAAUCGUGUUGGGAUAUAUCGGACUGCUCGCCUUGAUCGGGUUCAUAUUUGCUUUUGCGAGCCGUAAGCUGCCAAACAGCUACAACGAGGCCAAAUUCAUUACCUUUGGCAUGCUCAUCUACAUCAUUUGCUGGGUGGUGUUUGGACCCAUUUACGUCAGUGAUGAACUUGCGAAGUACAAACCUGCUGUGGAGAUGACAGUCAUCCUUAUCUCAGCUUACGGCAUCUUCUUCUGCCACUUCAUGCCCAAGGUUUACAUUAUCCUCUUCCGGAAGGAAUCCAACACCAGAGAGGCAUUCCGCAAGGAUGUGAGGGAGUACAGUGCUCGGCCAAUCAAACGAGACUCACAGUCUCUCAGGAGCUCACUGAGUAACGGCCACAUGCUCACUUCACUGCAGAGUGCUGAACUCACAGAGAAGUUUCCAGGUGCUGAUCCGUCUGUUAACCUUGACCAAGACAUUGAAUCUCAGGUUACCGACGGCGCAUCUAAUGUGCAUGCUGGUGGUGUUGGUGAGACAGCGUUCCAGAGAUGA